AACAUAACAUUAUAAUUUCAUUCACGUCACGUUUAUUAUAACAAAUCGGACGCACGGAACGCAGUUCAUUGAUAGACAUGGUGGAAAAAGUCGCUAUAGUUACCGGAUCGAACAAAGGACUUGGGUUUGCUGUUGUGAAAGGUUUGUGCAAGAAAUUUAAAGGGAAAGUGUAUUUGACGGCAAGAAAUAAAACAAGAGGUUCGGAAGCUGUCAAAAAACUUAACAAAGAUAACCUUUUCCCAGAAUUCCAUGUCCUUGAUAUAAGCAACAUUGAUAGUGUGAAAGAAUUUGCCGAUUUCAUUAAGGAGAAACACGGUGGACUCGAUGUUUUAGUAAAUAAUGCAGCAAUAUUAGAGUGGGAUGAAAUUUAUCCAAGUUACGAAGUAGCCAAAAGGAACAUUGAUGUAAAUUACAAGAGUUUAUUGACAAUCGAAGAGUAUUUAUAUCCGUUGCUAAGAGAUGGCGCUAGAGUCGUUAAUGUUUCAAGCUCAUGUGGACAUUUAUCCAACUUGAAAAAUAAAGAAUGGAUAGACAUGUUCUUAAAACAAGACCUAAAAGUGGACGAGGUAAAUCAAUUCGUAGAAAACUACUUGGAGAGUGUAAAAAAUGGUACGUUUGACAGAAACAAUUUUGCCGAUGGCGGGAAACACGCUGAGCACAGAGUGUCAAAAAUCGCGGCAACAGCGUUAACUUUUAUACAGCAAAGGAAAUAUGGGAGAAGAAAUAUUUCUAUAAAUGCUGUGCAUCCAGGACAUGUAAAAACGGACAUGGCUAAUGGCGGCGGAGAAACUGAUGCCGAUGAAGCGGCAGAUGUCAUUUUAUACCUCAUCCUUGAUGCUUCACCCAAUUUGAAGGGAGUUUUUAUGUGGCAUAAUAAAAAGCUUAUAGACUGGUAUGAUCCUGAAGGUGAUUUUUACUGUACUGGCCUUUGGUGACAAUGUUCUCUAAGAAAUGUUUUCCGAAAUAUAAUUAUCUUUUGUAAA